UGCUGAAGAAGGAGAAAAUGGCGGGUGGCGGGAAAAGAAAGCAGAAGUCUGCGCCGCAGGUGGGGCAGGUGAACGGGCAGGUGAAGCGAGCUCAUGUUGAGGGGGCGGUGUCUAAGGCGGGGGCGGGGUCAAGCGUCCCCCUGCAUCUGAGGGAGGAAGUGGAGAGACUGUAUAAGCUCCGCAUGCCUCAAGAUUUCUACCAGUUCUGGGAUUUCUGCACUCAGCUCAGUCCAGAUCAUCCGCAAGACGCUCUCCAGGACGUUCUGGGUCUGCGGCUGGUGGGUCCGUUCGACAUCCUGUCUGAGAAGCACAAGCGCCACGAGUCCUCCCGGCCGAACUUCCACCUGCACUGGAGACACUUCUACGACCCUCCGGAGCUGCAGACCGUCCUGCAGGGCAGCGCAGACACGCAGCACCACAUGGGCUACUACAGAGACUGUCCUGACGCUCUGCCGGUGUUUGUUGGAGAGAACGAAGCCAGAAAAGGCUGCACCAUCGCCCAGCUCGGGGACAACCUCUUCAGCGCCGUGCUGUUAUUUCUAGCCCGUAAGAAGCGAGAGCGUGGCGGACAGAGAGAUGAUGCCGCCGUGGAGCGAUUGGAGGCGGAGCUAAAGAAGGAGGCGGAGCGUCUGGGGCUGCCGCUGGAGCAGAAAACCAAAGCCAUGAAGCAGAGAGACAGGAAGGUGGUCACUAAAACGUUCCACGGAGCGGGCAUCGUAGUGCCGGUGGACAAAAACGACGUGGGAUACCGGGAACUGCCUGAGAGCGACGCUGAUCUGAAGAAGAUCUGCAGAGCGAUCGCUGAAGCUGAGGAUGACGAUUCCAGGAUGAAGGCUUUCGCCCCGAUUCAGGAGAUGAUGACGUUCGUGCAGUUCGCUAACGAUGAGUGUGAUUACGGAAUGGGCUACGAGCUCGGCGUCGACCUGUUCUGCUACGGAUCGCAUUAUUUCCAUAAGGUGAUUGGUCAGUUGCUGCCGAUGGCCUACAGUCUGCUGAAGCGGGGUGUGUUCGGAGAGAUCCUGCAGGCUCAUCUUGCCAACCGUUCCCAUGACAACCUGGACCAACUGGCUGGCGUCUGAGGGGGCGUGAUUUACAGUAAAUUUCUGUGUGGGCGGGGCCUCAUUUGACAGACAGCAGCAGCAGUGUUCAGGCUCAGAUUACAGCUGGAGAGGCUAAUGCAGCUCUGAGAGGCUUUAAUGGACAUUACUGCACAUAAACACCACUCAGUUACAAGACCAACCAAAGACAGACGUCCACACUGACUCAGCAGAGUUCUCUCACUGUUCUGGACUGGGCUCUGGAGUGCUGAAAGCAGACCGGACCUGUUAGCAAGAGCUUGUGAACCAAAUCGGAAUCAAAACUGUUAUUUAGACUUGAAGAAAAAGCAACUCAAGCUCCUGAUAUUUAUCCAGAUCCUGACUCCAGAUAUUAGUUAUGUUUCAGAUGUUCAUCCCCAUCUACACUCCAGAUCCAGAAUCCAGAUAUUGUAAACCACUUUUAGACUCUAGACAAUAACCUAGAUCAACACCAGGAUUAAUAUGCUUAACAAUCCAGUAUUCAGAUUGCUUUCUAGAUCCGUUAUUCAGUCCUUAACACACAUUCAGACUGCAAAUAUUAAUCCAGAUCCAGACAUUGUAUAUUAAUUCAGAUAGCAAUCCAGAUCCACACUUAAAAUACUUGACAAAACACAAUCCAGAUUUUUUUUUCUAGAUCCACAGCCUAUGCAUUAAUGCAGAUCCAGACUUUUUUUCAGUGUCCACACUCCAGAUAUUAAUCCACAUUCAGACUCUGGUUUAUCUAGAACCAUGUUUUGAGGUCAUUGGCGAGGUCCCUCUAGGCUGGAGCUGCAAACCAUUUUGGACUCCGGAUAUCUAUACCAGAUCCAGUAUCUAGAUUUCUUUCUAGACCCACACUCUGGUCAUUAAUGCAUAUUCGUUAAUAUAUUCAUAUUAAUCCAGAUACAGAUGCUGUAUAUUCAUUCAAAUAUUAAUCCAGAUCCAGAAUCCAGAUAUAAAACCACUAUCGGGAUUCAUGUCUAGACAUGAAUCCAGAUACAGAUACUAUAUAUUCAUUCAGAUAUUAAUCCAGAUCACACUCCAAAUACUUAACACAGAAUCCAGAUUUUUUUUUUUCUAAAGCUGCAUUUGGGUGGCCCUGCGCUAAUCAGCCUGGUGUAGAACCCAGCAGAACCUCAGUGUAAAGGUUCUACAAGCCGGUUACUGCUCUUUUUUGUUUAGUCUGAAGCUCUGCGGUGCUGUGGAUCUGUUUUUGGCUCAUGGGUUCAGUCCAGUUCUCCACUGACGACCGUGUGGUUCAGUAGACGACUGAACUUCACCUGGAGAGCCGCGCCUACAGCUGAGACUUAUGAUGUUUCUGUUCCGUUUCCGGUACCCGGCGGUACGUGUUGUUCAUAUUGUUGUUCAAAAGUAAAUCUUUAAUAAAAUGUAUAUUUUU